AUGUCUGAUUCUACUAUAUUAUACAAUGGUACUACUCCUUUAAACACGUCACAAUUUUUCUUUCAAACACUUCUCACGGCGGCACUGAAAAAUGGAUCAAAUUUCACUUUAGAUGUUAAAUUUAUAACAGUUACUAUCAAUGUAGAUCCUAAAAUAGAUAUUGAAGACGCCGAAAUUAAAUUGGAAAAACUUUCAUAA